GUGUGAAUAGUGGCCAGAGCCAAAAACCACAGCCAGGGCCAGAGAAACAAUAUACAUCCAAAAAAAUUAAUAAAAAUAAAUAAAACAAACCAAGGACUUGGAGGAUCUGUCUAGCUUUCCAGAAGCAAGAGCAUCAUUAAAAGUUAUGCAAUUACAAGAGGAUCGUGCAAUGUCUUAUAAAAAGACACCAGGGAUUUUUAUUUCUAAACGCACAUCAAUUAUCAUACUGAUCUUAUUGGUGUUUAUCUGUAUAACAAUUGGACUAAUGGCAGGACUUAUCAAGCAGGGAUGCCCCAGUGAUGUCAUUGUUACAUCAGAGCCUUUGUCCACUGGUGCUACCCCGAAGAACAUGUCGACGACAACUACUUUGCCUGUACCUCCCCCGACAACACCCCCGUGCCAUGAAGUCUGGUGCAACAUGAGACUCCCAGACUACUUAGUACCAAUACAUUACAACCUCACGCAAUUUCCUCAUUUUGAACAUAACGAGAGUUCAUUUGAUGGGAAUGUUUCUGUUUCGAUCCAGGUGAAACAGGACACUAAGAUUUUACUGAUCCACAUCAACUACCUCGAAAUACGGCAGACGAAUGUUAAAGCUGCCAAUGGAGAUGAUUUACUCAUAAACAGAACAUUUGCAUAUGAGCCAAAUUUAUUCUGGGUGGUCGAAAUGGAUAAAGAAAUUAAACUUGGGAGUAUUGUCUUUCUCCAAAUUGAAUUUCAUGGCUCACUCAACAAUGGCCUUGUAGGAUAUUACCGAAGUAAUUAUGAAGAUGCAAGGACUGGAGAAAAGAGAUCACUGGCUACAACAAAGUUUCAACCAACUGAUGCAAGAAAAGCUUUCCCAUGCUUGGAUGAACCAGCUCUAAAAGCAACAUUUACCAUGACACUUAUUCAUAAAAAGGGGUUUGUUCCCUUGUCAAACAUGCCUCCUGAGAAGAAUAUCACAAGAUUGGAUGGCUUCAUUGAAACAACCUUCCAGAAGUCUCCCCCAAUGCCAACAUACCUUCUUGCCUUUAUUGUGUGUGAUUUCGAAUAUGUGGAAGGUUACACCAAGGAUAAACUUCCAGUGAGGAUAUAUGGACGUCCAGAUAUGAUCAAUCAAACUGGAUUCGCACUAGAGGCUGCUAUCAAAACAACAGAGUGGUUCAAUGAAUGGACUAACAUGACGUAUCAGCUUCCGAAAUUGGACCAUGUGAACAUUCCUGAUUAUCCUACUGGAGCUACAGAGCAUUGGGGGGUAAUAACGUAUGGCCGGGGGAGGUUGUUUUAUGAUCCAACUACAGAAUUAACAAAUCGUCAACAAAGCCUCGCUAGUGUAAUCGUCCAUGAGGUUGCUCAUAAUUACUUUGGUAACACUUAUACAUGCUACUGGUGGGAUGAUACAUGGCUCAAUGAAGGGUUUGCUUCUUAUUUCGAACACAAAGCAAUGGGUGACAUGGAGCUAUAUAAAGACUGGGAUAUGAUGGAACAAAUUGUACCCAGUACACAAAACAUGCUUUUCUCUGAUUCUUUACUGCCCUCUAAUCCUGUCAUCAUGCAGGCUGAGACACUUGAUGAAAUACGAGGGACAUUCAAUAGAGUCACUUACAGCAAAGGACAAGCUAUUGUCAAUAUGAUAAACGCUGUGAUGGGAGAUGAUAAAUUUCAAGAGGGAAUUCAGAAGCUUCUAAAGAAAUAUGAAUACAAAUCUAUUACAACAGAUCAGCUAUGGGCAGAAUUGGAGACAGUUAUGCCCCCUGGUUUCGAUUUCAAAGAGUCAUUUGAUCCUUGGGUUCGCCAGACUGGUUAUCCGGUUCUAGAGGUUCAUCAAAUGAACGACACCAUAAAAGUUUCCCAGAGUCGUUUUCUGAAGGAUAUUAAUGCUACAUACAAUAAAAAUGAUUCUCAAUGGGGAUACAAGUGGUCUGUCCCACUAAUGUGGGUGACUUCAAAUAAUCAAAAUGGAAACCCAUGGUUAAAAUGGAACGCAGAAGGAGAGUCAGAAUUUGUGAUUAAUUCUUUUGACCCUGUGAAUGAUGUGAUUAAGCUGAAUAAAGGAAAUCGUGGCUUCUAUAGAGUAAACUACAGUAGAGAUAUGUGGAUUAAGCUUGUCGAUAAAUUAAUGCAGAAACAUGACACGUUUGGAGCAGGCGAUAGAGCCAAUCUUAUUGAUGAUGCAUUUGAAAUUGCUAUGUCAUUGAGAAUUGGAUAUGAUACUGCUCUAAAUGUGACUAGAUAUAUGGCGCAAGAACGCUCCCCUGCUCCAUGGAAGGCUCUCAGAAACAAUGUGAUAUUUUUAAAUUCAAUGUUCCAGAAUCAUCCAAUGUAUUUCUGUUUGCGUAAACACAUUCAAAAAAUUACUGAGCCCUCAAUGAGACAACUAUCCUUUGAAGAUGUUGGGACCCAUAUUGAAAGGCUGAACCGUCAAGAUAUAGUUGCAAUUGCAUGUGAAUUUGGUGAACAGCGAUGUCUCGAUGGUGCGACUAGAUAUUUCCUGGACUGGAUUAAAAGUAAUGGAACCCUCAAACUUCCCUUUAACCUGGAGAGAUUUAUCUGGAAAUAUGGUUUUCAACAAAAUGACGGGAAAAUGGAAUGGAACUUCUUAUUAGACAGAAUCAAUAUUACAGAUUUUAAAACAUUGGGAAUUCUAUCUGAAACACGAAAACCUUGGCUUCUUAAUCAGCUAAUAUACUACGCAAUGGAUGAGACAAAAAUAUCUUCAACACUUACCUUCAAUGUAUUCUCCAUGAUAGCUAGGAAUCCAAUUGGGAAACUAAUAUUAUGGGAUUGGUACCGAAACAACUGGAACAAACUUGUGAAAAAAUUUGGCAUCAUUAAUUUACGAAUGAGAUGGCUUGUACUGAUUAUAACAAGGGAUUUUAACACUGUUGUGAAAUUGAGAGAAGUGAAGGCCUUUCUAAAACAGUUUCCUGAGGCAGCUAGUAAAGCCGAGCAAAGGGCAGUGAUCCAAGAUAUUCAGAGAAAUAUUGGAUGGAUGGAUAAGAAUGAGAAGGCAAUAAUAGACUGGUUGGCUGCCUAUGCAUGUUGAUAAUCAAUUGUAUAGCACAGUCACAUUACUUAUAUGCAAUGUACAUGUAUUAAGAUUCAAAUAUACAAAUGGUGAUAGAUAGACAACUGAGGUUUUUAAGAGAAAAUGGUAAAAACUAAGGCAAACAUAAUUCUUAACUUUGUAUCAGAAAAAAUAUCUGAGAUCACUGGGUUAGAAUAACAUGAGAGAUUAAAACCAUUUAUCAGUUACUUUCUAGGAAGGCAGAGAUGGUUCGAGUAUCAGAAUAGGCAGAUAUGGUCUGAGUAUCAGAAUGGGCAGGUAUGGUCUAAGUAUCAGAAUUGAAAGAUAAGGUCUGAAUAUCAGAAUGGGUGGAGAUGGUUUGAGUAUCAGAAUAGGCAGAUAUGGUCUGAGUAUCAGAAUUGACAGAUAAGGUCUGAGUAUCAGAAUGGGUAGAGAUGGUUUGAGUAUCAGAAUAGACAGAGGUGGUCUAAGUAUCAGAAUUGACAGAUAAGGUCUGAGUAUCAGAAUGGGUAGCGAUGGUUUGAGUAUCAGAAUAGACAGAGGUGGUGUAAGUAUCAGUAGAAUGGACAGAUGUGGUCUGAGUAUCAUAAUAGGCAGAUAUGGCCUGAAUAUCAGAAUGGGCAGAGAUGAUCCGAGUAUCAGCAGAAUGGACAGAUAUGGUCUGAGUAUCAGAAUAAAUUUAUGAGUAUAUACAGGGUGAACCAAAAAAGGCAACCAAAACAAAUGUUAAUAACUCAAUCAUUCAGCAUGGACUUACAGUCCAAUUAUAUAUAAUUAAAUUAAUUAACAUCGGUUGUAUGGUUUACCUUUUUUGGCUCACCCUGUACUUAAAAGAGAUCUUACAUAGUUGUAUUUAAUAACAAAUAAGCAACAUCUCCAAGGGGAUCUUAAAAAUAUUGCUUAACCACUGUAUGAGUGCUACCACAUAGUGACCAUAGUAACCACAUAUAAUCACAAUAAACUUUUAAUACAUACUGUGAAUAAAGUGG